AACGAACAGACCACUUACGACAUCAUUUGAGUCGUGAGACUCUACCAUCUUUGGACAACUAUCAAGCGCAUUCAGUUGCAGGCCGGGCUACCCUGGACGAAUUGCAUCUCGGGGCAGACCAUGGCACCCAACGGAAUGGAACUUCUGGAACGGACACGGCUGCCGGCGGUCUUAAAUUCGGCUGGAUACAAGGUGUUUUCAUCCGAUGCCUACUCAACAUCUGGGGCGUUAUGCUCUUCCUUCGCCUAUCGUGGGUGGUUGCCGAGGCCGGAAUCGGCCAAGCCAUUCUGAUAAUCCUGCUGGCCACGGCCGUCACGUCACUCACAGCUCUGUCCAUGUCGGCCAUCAGCACAAACGGCCAAAUUAAAGGCGGAGGAACGUAUUACAUGAUAUCGCGCUCUCUUGGCCCUGAAUUCGGAGGCGCUAUUGGCAUCAUUUUCGCUUUGGCGAAUGCCGUGGCCGUUUCACUUCACACGGUCGGUUUCUGCGAGGCGCUCAACGAUAUGCUCGAAGAGCUCGGAGUCCAAAUUGUCGAUGGUGAUCUCAAUGAUAUCCGAAUCGUUGGAUCCGUAACGCUCAUUGUCCUAGCCAUGAUCGUGGGCAUCGGAAUGGAAUGGGAGGCCAAAGCCCAGUUGCUAUUUAUGGGGAUUCUGAUGGUGGCGUUGGCUAAUUUUAUAUUCGGAAGUUUCAUCGGCCCAACUGACGCAGAAAAGUUUUCCAAGGGCUUCAUCGGUUACGACUUUGAAUUGCUGUCGUCCAAUUUCUAUUCCGACUAUCGCGUUUUUGAUGGAUUCCAGCAGAAUUUCUUCUCCGUUUUCUCCAUUUUCUUUCCAGCCGCCACCGGCAUUUUGGCUGGGGCCAAUAUCUCUGGCGAUUUAAAGGAUCCUUCGGUGGCUAUCCCUAAAGGCACUUUACUUGCUAUCGCCGUUACGUCCAUUUCGUACAUCAUUUUCGCCAUUAUCGCCGGAGCUACUGUUCUUCGUGAUGCUACGGGAAUCCCGACUGAUUAUAACGACACGGCCACUUUAAAUAAUUACAUCGAACUGUGCCUCGAACAGGAUUGCGAAUGGGGAUUGCACAACAGUUUCCAAGUCAUGACUUUAGUGUCGGCUUUUGGGCCUCUCAAUUACGCCGGAUGUUUCGCCGCAACUCUCAGUUCGGCUUUGGCCUGUUUCGUUUCGGCUCCUAAAGUGUUCCAGGCUUUGUGUCAAGAUCGUCUCUUUCCCCAUUUGCAAUAUUUCGCUAAAGGCUACGGCAAGAGUCAGGAGCCUCUUCGUGCCUACAUCCUGACUUUCAUCAUCGCCUUGGCUUGCGUUCUCAUCGCCCAACUGAACAUCAUUGCUCCGUUAAUUACCAACUGUUAUUUGGCAUCUUACGCGCUCGUCAAUUUCUCCACGUUUCACAUCGAUUUGAUCCAGCCGGUCGGAUGGCGUCCUACUUUUCGCUAUUACAACAAAUGGCUCAGUCUAUUGGGGUGUGGUCUUUCUGUAUCGGCCAUGUUCUUGUGCAGUUGGCCCACGGCUCUGGUGACCUCAACUGUCGUUAUGACUUUGUUUCUCAUAGUCAAGUAUCGUAAACCAGAUGUCAAUUGGGGUUCUUCUGGACAAGCACAGGUUUACAAAACAGCGUUAAUUACUGUCCAACAGCUGAGUAACAUUGAAGAACACGUUAAAACGUACACGCCCCAAAUUCUUGUCAUGACCGGAUUGCCAAACAUGCGACCUUCCCUCGUCGAUUUUGCUUAUCUCCUCUGCAAAAACAAUUCCUUGAUGGUGUGCGGUGAUAUCUUGAAGGAAAGGCAAAAUCAUAAGCAACGUUCGCAAAGGAUCAAAAAGUCUUCGUGCUGGCUUCGCACUCACAAAACUAAAGCAUUCUAUUCGUUGAUGGACAAUUUAUCGUUCCCGAAUGGAGUCGGGGCUUUGCUGCAGGCCACGGGAGUCGGGAAAAUGAAGCCCAACAUUCUGCUGCUCGGCUUCCAAAGCGAAUGGCGUACAAACAAAAACACCGAAAUUGACGAUUACUGUGCUGCUAUCAACACGGCGUUGGAGAUGAAUGUCGCUGUUGCAGUGCUGCGCGUCCAGGAAGGGCUCGAUUACACGGGAAUCAUCGGAGACUUUGUCAUGGACGAGUUUAGCAAUGGAAAGCAAAAGUCGGAAGGUAUCGACAACCCUCAGUAUAUUGAUACUUUAGAAGGUAGCACGGCAUCAACUGCGACACCAUUCACCAUUACUGGAAGUGUGAAUAGCUCCAUUUCCGAAUACACGCUGGAUGAAACACGAGGUGGUAAAAUUAGGCGGAAUAAAAUAGCGUUGUCGCCGAUGGAAAGCAACACGACAUCCGUCUCUUCGGUGGAACAAAAGCGGAUGAAAAAAUCGCGUGUGUCGUUCAAGGAUCCUCAAGGAAACGAGUUGCCUGUCGAAGUGCAGUUCAGCAUCUGUCGUUUCCGUUUGAAGCAAAAACGGGGCACGAUCGAUGUGUGGUGGCUCUACGAUGACGGUGGACUAUCGAUGCUUUUGCCCCACAUCUUGACCACACGAUCUAACUGGGCCAAUUCCAAAUUACGUGUUUUCUGCCUGGCGGAUGCCAAUGAAGAGCAGCACAGCAAACAGGAAAGCAUGAGAUUAUUGUUGAGUAAAUUCCGCAUACCUGUGUCCGAUGUGGUUGUCAUCCCCGAUAUGACAUAUCCGCCAUCCGCCCAAACGAAAAACUGGUUCGAUGCACUGACUCACGAUUUCGUGCGCAAAGAUGACGAUGCGACCAAUCAAAACUCCAAUGUUCCAGUCAUUAAAGAAUCAGAGCUGAUGGCUCAGAAGCCGAAAACGUUCAACUUCAUGAGACUCAGAGAAUUGCUAUUGCAGUAUUCUACCGAAGCAAAUCUCGUAGUAAUGACUCUGCCGAUAUCGAGGAAAGGAACAGUCAGUGGCCCGCUGUAUAUGAGCUGGUUGGAAACGCUGACAGCAAAUAUGCCUCCCUUCCUUCUCGUCCGUGGCAACCAGGCAUCCGUCCUCACAUUUUAUUCUUAACUUAUAGCUCUUCGCGGAGGCUAUAACAAGUGAUGUUUGGAUGACUCUCUCCCAUCAAAAACAAUAGAUUCGGUAUAUAUAGAUAUACAAUGUUUUACACGUCGGUGGAUUCGAAUCCUUUUUUUGUUUUGAAGAUGUUUUCGUAUUUAUCUUGGACAUACAUCAUCCUCAUUUUUAAUGUAAAGUACCCAUAAUAAAACUUUAAUUGCCGUUUUUCA